AUGGCUGUCGGCGGUGCAGGCGGGUUGGUGGCGACAGAUUUUUCCAUCUUUCCCGCUACACAGAGCCACUAUAUUCCUGACCAGGGAUUGCCAGGGGACUAUGGCAGGGAUUACCGAAGCGCUGGCGAUGCAGGUGCUGAAAUCCGGUCGCCAGGAGAGGGGAGGUUGUGGAAGCGACGAGCGGGCGACAAGCCGACGGCAGCGUCGCAGGCGACCUUGGCGACGCCGUCGUCAGCGGAGCAGCUGUUCGCGUCUCCGUCGCCAUCCAAGCGCCGUUCGCCGCUGCAACUCACGCCUAGUUCCGCCCCGGCCAGGUCGCGAGGCGGCGACCGCUUCAUCCCGAACCGCGGCGCCAUGGACCUGGGCGUCGCGCAUUUCCACCUCGUCGACGAGCCGCGCUUGCAGCACCAGGGGCAGCCGGGGCACCCCGAGCUGUUCACUCCGCCCCCGCAGCAGCAGCAUCAUCAACAGCAGCAGCAAUCCCCGUCCGCAGCGGCAUCCGCCGUUGUCUCGCCGCUUAAAGAGAAUUACAAGAAGAAGCUAGCCGAGAGCUUUUUAUCGCCUAGUCCGGGAAAAAGCCCCUCUCAUCGGGUCAAGAGGCUAGGUAGUGAAGACGCGGGGGAGGGUUCUCCGGUUGGGGGGAAGAUCUUUGCGUUUUUUAGUUCCGAUUCGGGCGGCGGCAGCAGCACCAACUUGCUCUCGGAACGCGCGACGAAUCUUCCGCUUCUGGGCCCCGUUCUUCUUCCCGAGUCGCCUUCCAGCACACCGGCGAGGAGAUUACGGCAAAUAUCUCUCGCGUCGGAGCGCAUUCUCGACGCGCCCGAAAUAGUCGACGACUACUACCUCAAUCUGCUUGACUGGUCGUCGCAGAACCAGAUCGCCGUCGCGCUCGGCACGACGGUCUACCUCUGGUCUGCGACGUCGGGCGACAUUCACCAGCUCGUGCACGCGGACGGGCCCGACGACUACGUGACGAGCGUCGCGUGGGCCAAGGACGGGCGGCAUCUCGCGGUGGGGUUGAACAGCAGCGAGUUGCAAAUCUGGGACGCGAGUCGCUUGCGGCAAGUGCGGCGGCUGCAGGGGCACCGUGCGCGCGUGGGCAGCCUCGCGUGGAACGGCCACAUGCUGUCGUCCGGGAGCCGCGAUAGCAGCAUUCUCAACCACGAUGUGCGGGUGCGCGACCACGUGGUGAGCGCGCUGCGCGCGCACGAGCAGGAGCCCUCUCACCUUUCUCUUUCUUCCUGCACUCCCUCAUGCCCGUAUUCUCUGCUUCCCACCCCGAUGCUUCCCUAUUCCGCCUCUCUCCCUCCGCUGAUCUCCCCUGUUCCGCCCCUCCUCCCCCCCACAGCGCGCUACCUGCACCGGCUGACGGCGCACCAGGCGGCAGUGAAGGCGCUGGCGUGGUGUCCUUUCCAGAGCCACCUGCUGGCGUCAGGCGGAGGCACAGCGGAUCGCUGCAUCAAGUUCUGGAACACACAGACAGGCGCGCUCACUCACUCCAUCGACACGCACUCACAGGUGUGUGCGCUGGAGUGGAGUCGGCACGAGAAGGAGAUCCUGUCAUCACAUGGGUACAGCCUGAACCAGCUGUGCCUGUGGCGCUACCCAUCCAUGGCCAAGCUCGCUGAGUUCACUGGCCAUACCGCCCGCGUGCUGCACCUCGCUCAGAGUCCGGAUGGGUACACUGUGGUCUCAGCUGCUGCAGAUGAGACACUGCGAUUCUGGAACGCGUUUGGGGACCCGGAUGGGGAUAAGAGGAAGGGAGGGGUGAAGGGUGGAGGAAGAGGAUCCUUGCUUGCUUGCUCACUCACUCACUGCAACGCCAUCAAACUCAUCUCCAUUCCAUCCCAAUCACUACGUGUAAGUGCAUGCCAAAUCCCACUCACUCAAACCCCCUUCUCUGCCCGCAUUACGUCCCUUCCCUGCAUUGCGUGCGUGGCGCGCAUUCGUUGCAUGCCCGUCGGCGGCGGCGGCGGGGGCGUGUGCGAGCAGGGGCAGGAGCCGAUAAAGUGGGACCUGGAGGAGAUGGAGCGGCACCUGGCAGAACCCAACUUCAACGGCGAGCCCGUCAAGGUGGAGAUCUUCUACUCGUGGUUCGACAGCUGCUUCUACCCUCUCGUGCGCUCCCAUCUGGAGCACCGUGACAAGCUGCUUUUGCCCGCCCUCACUGAGCGAAUCAAAGAGCGGCCCCCGAACGAGGUAUCAGCGCCGCUGUUCCAGGCGAUAGAGCUGAUGGACGAGGUGAAGCACAUGCGCAACGACUUUGACCACGCACAGAUGGACGACCGCCCCAAUGUCGCUGAGGUGUUGAGGCAGAAGCUGACUCAGCUGUCCCGUAUCUUCCACCGGCAAUUCGACGCUGAAAUGGAUUUCUACCCUUCGAGGGUGCGGCAUGCGUUCAUGCCCACGGAGGCAGAGAGCAUCAUAGUGCAGGCGGAGAGCCACGUGGGUUUCUUCCUCGCCUCCACACGCCUGCCCUGGAUCUUCCACGGUCUGGAGAGGUGGGCAAGUCCAGGCAAGCCUGAAAAGUUUUUGGAGCGGUUACCGUGGGUGCACAGGUUGCUGCUGGAGUACUGGUGGGAGCCGGUGUACCUGCGCUGCAACUGGCUGCUGCUGCAGUCACUAGCAGAUCCAGUGGAGGAGGAUAAGCUGUGA